AUGGAUUACAUGGGGGAUGGUAAAGACCUCGGUAAGAAGGGGAAAAAAGCAAGGGUUGAGCGAGCUCUUGAAGCUGCUGGUACUUCUGUUGCACCCCCAAAGCAUACUGGCAAAUUAUCCACCUCCUGCUCCUACCCUUUCGAGCAGCUGUUCUCGUAUCAAUCAAAUAUUGAUCUUUCCAAUUUGGCACCUCCUGAGACAGAAGUCCCUGCUAAUGGGUCUUCCUAUACUACUGGGGGUGACUCCAUUUAUGAUGCACCACAAGAGGUCAGACCCCUUUCUAAUGGUCGCAUUAAUAUCACAAUCGUCCAUCAACCUCCUUCUGAUGUUGUUAUAAACAAUGCCACCUUACAUCUAAAUGUCAAGUCCCCCUGUUUUGAGACAUUGGGCCCACUUCUGAAACAGGUGGCCAAGAGCUAUAAAUAUACAAAGUUUAAUAAAGCUUCAUCUCAGAUCGCAAUUAUUUUACACAUAUUCUUCUGGCUUUCUAGUGCCAACAAAGCACUUCUGUUAGAAUAUCUUGGGAUUGACGGAGAUCUUGCUUCUCUGGAUAAGGCUGGGUUACAGUCAGCCUAUCAGAAGCUUAAGGCUAUCAUCAAUGCUACACCUACAGUUAUGGGCUUGAGCAAGGAUGCUGAGUGGAAGUCACAGUUUGAUGAUGGAGCUGCCUGGGUUCCCAACAUUGUCAACUUAACAGAAGACACCAACCAGAGUGGUAUAAACGUGCAAAGCACAGCAAAUGUCACAAUCAAGCUGGAGUUCGCUGGAUGUUACAACGCCCUGGUGAGAGUAAUGCUUGGGAGCCAAAUCGCAGAGGACCAAAUCCCCAACAACAUGAUGCUCCAAAUGCAGAACCAUGAGAAGCCCCCAAUUACUUCCGUGCAGGUUUGUGAGCAACUUAAUGCAUGGCUUGGUGGAUAUCAAUCAAUUCUCAAAUGUAUGACACUUGGAAAUUUCAACUGGUUUUUACACACCAUGCUGUUCUAUCACACAAAGUAUGUCCUCCACAAACAAGAGAUGAAGAAAUCAGAUGAAGAUGAGGAGGAAAACUUAGGUUUAGAUGAAGAAGCUCAAGAUGAUGAGGAUAACUAA